AAAUGAAGACAUUGUCACUCUUAAGGAAAAAUGUUACUUCCUUUCUUUGGAGGGGGAUGAGAAUGAAGCUGAGAACAUCUACCUUCAAUCGUUUGGGAAAUGCAAGAGCACAGUUGAGAAAUAGAGCCAUAGAGGAACAGCGAAGACCACGUCAAAGGCGUACUAUUCCUUCCCCACCCCCAAGCGUGGCUAUUUUGGUCACUUGUGAUGCAAUAAGGAGCAGCCGUGGCCUGGAAGAGAGGCAAAGGGAGAUUUCCAUGGAGCCAUGCGCUCUCACUCCGUCACACAAGAUUUGUCUGAGCCACUAUGAUGCAAGCCACUAUAACCCUUUUGAUGGGAGUCUUCACCAGAAUCCUGCAUUUCUGUAUUUUUGUUGUUCUCUUCCGUGAUGGAGGAGGUGUAUUCCAACGUCCAGAUAAAAUCUAUGUGUCCAAACUCUCACAUAAUAACUCUUUAGCUCAUCCUUUGUUAUCUGAAUCACAAACUUCAAGAAGAAGCCUCAAUUUCUCACACGGCAUUAUUAAAACAAUGACAGGAAGGAAGACAGAAGGCCCAGGCGCUCAAGCGUCAAAUCCGCCACGCAACCAGAGUUUUAAAGAUGACCCAGUAUCUGUUUUGUUUAACAACCCACCACAGGAAAUGUCACUUCCAAAGUUCUCACAAAUCGAAGAAAUGGCAAAGUCUCCUCAAGCUGACAAAGCACUCCGGGGCACAAUGGCAUCUCCUGCACCAGCAGAGCACAAAGGAGCCAAAGGCCUUUUAAAUGUCCAUUCAACAUUAAACAGGAAUGUUCUUGAUUAUGAAAGACAAGGUGAAAAGGGAAUGGUAUUUCUACCUUCAGGAUUAAGGAUGGAUGGGGGUUGUGGAAAUCCAGUGAGAGGAGUGCUUGAUCUGUCUGACAGAAACCUGUCUGAGAAAGAACUGAGAAGGAAGAUGGAUCUUGGGCAUUGCAACACAACUUUGGAAAAAAUUGUAGAGCUUAAUGUCAGUCAGAACAACCUGAACAUUGAUUUAGGAACACUAAUGUCACUGCUCCUUAAAAUGAAGAAUGUGCAUUCUGUCAACUUGAGUUAUAACAAAAUAACUGUCACAGCUACACGUGCAGAAAAGGGCUAUAACCUGAAGCACAGCAAACUUUUGUUUUUAAAUCUCAGCCACAACCCCCUUACUACUUUGAAAAACAUCAGCCUCCCUUCAAGCCUCAAAGGCCUUGAUUUAUCUUUCACACACAUUAACCAUAUACCAAAUGAAUUUGCCAUAAAAAAUUUUCAUAUAGAACAGAUGUAUGUUCAAGGAAACUCUUUUAUAUAUGAUAUUGAAACUCUUAACUCUAACCUCAACAAAAGACAGCGUGAACAUUCCCACAUGUUAACCGUUUCAAGCUUUUCAUAUAUCCGUGUCCCACAACGCACUCCCAUCGAGAGCCUCCCUAAGAAAGCAAGGCAUCUAGUAAUGUCAGACUGUUCCAUCGUAGAACUUCCAAAAUGGUUUGCAAAUACAAUGGGAAAACUUAUAUUUCUAGACCUCAGCCAUAACCCCCUGCGCACAUUUCCCCAGCUGCCAAAUUCAUUGCAGCACCUAGAUUUAAGCAACAGUAACCUCCAUGAGGUAGCUAAUCUUGGCAUCUUCUCCAAUUUAACAGAGUUUAAAAUUCAAAACAAUAAAAUAAAAGAUCUCCCACCUGAGUAUCUUCCAGUCUCCUUAAAAGAAUUUGAUAUUAGUAAAAAUAAAAUACGUAUGUUCCCUUUCCCCAGGGCACAGCAAAAAUUAGAAUCCCUUAAUGUAUCUGGAAACCUGAUAAUGCAGCUGAAUCUGAAUUAUUCUCACACCCUUGUCAACUUAGAUGCAAGCCAUAAUUUAAUAACAGAGCUGCAGGAAUACACAGGAAAAUUUCUGCCAGAACUGAAAUAUCUGAAUUUGUCUGGAAACAAAAUCUCUUUUUUACAACCAGGGUCUCUCCCCAAAUCUUUGCUCGAGUUGGACAUAAGCAACAACGCUAUUACCAUUAUCAUGAAAGAGAACUUUGGCCAUUUGACAAACCUGAAUGUUUUAACUGUUCAAGGCAAACAUUUCUUCUGUAACUGCGACUUGUAUUGGUUUGCAAGCACAUACCUUGCUAGCCCACAUCUGCAGAUAAAUGGCCGAGAAGGUCUUGUGUGCAGCUUUCCACCAAAAAAGCGGGGCCUUUUGGUUGAAAACAGCAACCUAACAAUACUGCAUUGUUCUCUUGGCCUUCAAAUAGGAAUUACGGCUUGCGUAGCGAUCUUGGCAAUGUCCAUCUUAACAGCCCUCUGCUGGCACUUUCAUGGCCCCUGGUAUAUUAAGAUGGGAUGGUACUGGUGCAUGGCUAAAAGGAAACAGUACAAGAAGAGACCGGAACACAAACUGUACGAUGCCUUCAUCUCAUACAGUGAAAAGGAUGCACCCUGGACUAAAGAGACACUGCUGGAAAAACUAGAAACCAACGGGUUUAAAGUAUGUUACCAUGAGAGAGACUUCCUGCCAGGGCACCCAGUUCUUGGGAACAUUUUUUACUGUAUUGAGAACAGCCAUAAAGUUCUUUUUGUGCUCUCGCCCAGCUUCGUCUGCAGUUGCUGGUGCCAGUAUGAACUGUUCUUUGCCGAACAUCGGGUCCUUAAUGAAAAUCAGGACUCUCUCAUUAUGGUUGUGCUGGAAGACCUCCCGCCCAAUAGCAUCCCACAGAAAUUCAGCAAGCUUAGGAAGCUGUUGAAAAGGAAAACCUACUUGAAAUGGAGCCCAGAGGAACACAAACAAAAGCUCUUCUGGAGCCAACUGACUGCUGUGCUGAAAACUACCAACGAGCCAAUGGUUUUGACAAAGGAAAAUGAGUUGUGUUAGGAAACAGAGGAGACACUGGGAAAUUGAGGCUGCAUGAAUGAGGAACAGGAGUGAACAUUUCUUGACUGGUACUUGCCAAGAUAUUGACUUUGGACUGUUAAGAAAAACGUUAUCAAAUUCUGUCAAGUAACAGUAAAGUGUUUAGAAGUUUGUCAUUUAUUAGAACAAUAGUAAUGGACAGAGAAGCUUUUGUCACUUACAGAAAGGACUCUCCUAGAAGCACCAUGCCAAAUCAUUCAGAGGCAUAAUUCCAAAUCAGUGGUAGUGCUGAUCCUGACCACCUGAGACUUGUGUGCCACUGCAGACCAAUGUACAUGUUUUAUUUAUUUAUUUAUUUGAUCUACAUCUAAGAUGUACAAUAAUGCUUGAACAGGUAUGGACAAACUUGGUUGGCAAACAUGUAUUGGCAGAAGCUUCCCCAUCAAGUAUACUUUCAGUGACAAAACUGGUUGCUACUGCCUAAUGUUAAAAUAGCUGUGGGACUUCUGCUGGUUGUGGAAACACAACUUAGUUUAAUCAACCUUAAGACAAGUAAAGCCCUGGGCAUUGAUGCCUUUCCUUCUGAAAUGUUAAAAACGCACAUUGAUUGGUGGGCUCCCCUAUUAGCCAACUUAUUUUCUCACAUUAACCACUCCGGCCAAAUUCCCUCCAAGUGGCUUGAGGCUGUAAUUAUCCCUGUCUAUAAGAAAGGUGACAGGAGCGAACCCGCUAAUUAUAGGCCUAUUAGUCUUUUAUCUAUUGUGGGUAAAUUAUAUGCUAGCUUUCUUAAUCUCAGGCUCCUAGCAUGGAUUGAGGAAGAAAACAUAUUGGGUAAUGAGCAGGCCAGGUUUAGAAAGGGUAAAUCUCUGACUGAUCACUGUUUAAUAUUAUCACAUUUAGCCGAGAAGUAUUCUUCCUCUUUUGGCAACGGUUUAUCAGUCGCCUUUAUGGACCUUAAAGUGGCCUUUGAUUCUGUUCCGAGAACAAAACUUUGGUCCAAAUUAUAUCAUUCCACCAUAGAUAAGAGAUUGCUCUUUCUUAUCAGCUGCCUAUAUCAUCGUACCUCUGUCCGCAUUCGUUGUGGCACUGACGGAAGUCUAACUAAUCCCAUUCUGGCCUCUAGGGGGGGUGCAUCAGGGUUGUAUCCUGGCUCCAACACUUUUUAACCUCUUUCUUAAUGAUUUGAGUAAUUGUUGUUUGUCUGAUAAUUUUCACCCUCCCAAAUUAGCCGGAAUUUUAUGUCCUUUGCUACUAUAUGCUGACGAUGCCGUUUUAAUGUCUAUCGAAUAUCGGCUUAAAACAGCAUGUACGUGCUUUCAUGAGCUAUUGCUCUGAAAAUUCUUUAACUAUCAAUUUUCUUAAAUCUAAGAUCAUGGUAUUUUCUCACCGGACCUCUAUACACCCUUGGAUUAUUAAGGGCCAUUCUAUCGAUCAAGUCAGGCAGUUUAAAUAUCUGGGAGUUAUAUUUCAGGCAACACUUUCUUGGACUGCCCAUAUUUCCUCUGUGGUUCAAAUUGCCUUGAACACCUCCAAGGCUAUACUCCGGGUUUUUUUUACCAUGGGUGGGCAAUACAUCCCUGCUGCGAUUCAAGUUUUUAAAUACAAAAUCUUUUCUCAACUUUUAUACGGAGUUCCGAUCUGGGCCCCGGGCUUUAAUCCCAAGGUGGAAUCAGUUUUAUCUCGUUUUCUGAGAUCUAUUUUUGGUAUGCCCCGCUGUGCAUCUGUUGCUGCUCUCCGUCUUAAGGCUGGGCUCCACUCCAC